AUGACCGACUCCAUGGACCUAUCAGAAGACAUAGCAAUCCAGCUCCCUCUUGUACAACAAGAAGCCGAACCAUCAUUCAACCGCUCUAUGGACCUCCCAAACGAAAUCCGAGCCAAAAUCUGGAAAUACAGUUUACCCGAACCACGUAUCAUCCACAUGUCAUCAACGAGCACACGGGCACAGAUCCAUCAAUUUCUCAACCGUCCCGACACAUGGGGACAGUUCAAUUUGCAAUUCUGUUUCUACGAAAAUGGGGAUGACCUCUACCGAGGAGACAAGACUCAGCCCGAGAAAUCGCCCCUUCGAUGUGCCUCAUAUACUUCCAGCAUCGAGUAUCGUCCAUUGUGGAAGCCACCGGGAAAUGAUGGGAGAUAUGAGGUAGUUGAAGGCUCUGGACUCUUGAUCUCUGAUAGAGGUAAUGGCUAUCAUUCGGAAGAUCCCGAUAUUAACGAGAAUCUCGUCGUCUUAGAAGUUGACAGUGCAAGGAAUGCUCUUGUGCGUAUUGAGGAACCGGGAGAUCUCCCUGCAGAUAAGGAGAAGAAUAUUGCAAGCAAAGAUAUGUGGAAUUUCAUUACCCAGUGCUGCCCACAGAUUUCCAGUAUCCAAUAUAUCCUUCUUGGUGAAAGAAACACUGCAAUCUACUUAUUUCAGCUCAAUUGGCACAAUCAUAGCAAUGUACCUGGGCGAAAGGAUGGAUGGGAAACAAACGAGCAUCAUCUCUUACCACUCUAUCCUUCUGUCCGGAGGAUUAUCAUGAGCCCGGUUGAUGCACCAAUACACAAUCAUCAAUUCUGGCAUGGAUUAGAAUUUCAAGUAUGUGCUUUAGGGGAUGCUGUAGGUCUGAAUGGCUCCGCAAUUGCCCGAGACCAUGAACACGCAGAAGUAUUCAUGGGUAAAGAUUUUUUCGACGUAGAAUCCGAAGGUGAAAUACCAUUUGAGUUUACCAGUGGAAAAGUCUUACCGUCUUCUUCGUCUUCGUCUCUACCUUUAUAUCCAGAAAAACGCGGGUCUGAAAACUCCAUUUCCCAAAACCAGGGACAAAAAGUCAAAGCCCCAAUGAGAGGAGAUGGGAGAUGCUUUCUUCAUCUAGAGAAGGGUGUUUAUAUCCACUGGGAUCCCAGGGGAGCACCCAUUCAAGUCACUCGAAAUGUUUAUGCCGGCGUUCAAAAACUUUUUGAAAGGGCCGGCAAGAUCAUCUUUACUAUGAAGCCCAUCUUGGACAUGGACCCUAUCUUGGAUGUGACGCCUUGGCAGUCAGUCUAA